AUGUGUGCUACAAAUCUUUUGGAUCUAAACAAACAGCGAAUACGUUGUGUACCAAUCUGCCAAGCUGAUCUGUGUGAGUUUAAUUCUGAUUGUUCUAAUUGCAGGAAUCCAUCCCUUGACUUUGCUAAUGCUUUUGAGUAUUUUUUCCAGUAUGCGAAGCAGAGAUCAUCCAACGAUUUUUCAUUAUAAAUUGUUGAGAAGACCAAGUCGUUCCAGUAUUGGCACCUAUAUAUACGUUUUAACAAUGUGUAGUAUAGAUGAUUUAGAUCCAAGCGCUGUCUUUCACUGAAUAGGGGAUAUAGUCCGAAAAUCCAGGUAAAGUAGGGUAGUACGAAAGUAGAAAACAGAGUUCUUCAAAAAUUAGAUGAUGAUGUGCCGUUGAUUCUGAACAAAUUUACUAACGCUGUUUUCUGGCGCACCUUUACACGAGUUUUACCAAUGACAUUUUCCCACCCAAGCUUGGUCGUUAACCAAUAUCCUAGAUAUUUGAAGGAUGAGACCCAUUCAAUCGCAUUAUCUCCACAUCGAACUUCUGGCAUUGGGUUUGGAUAACGUACUACACGAGCCGAAAACAUAGUUUGUAUUUUUGAAUAAUUAAUAGGUUGUACCGCUAAUAUGGAGUAGAAUUCCAGUUGUUUGAAAAACGUUUGUAAACUUCGUUCCAAGUCUAAGCAUUUAUCUGUAAAUUUUAAUCCAAUUUGUCCGGCCAGUACAGCUGCCAAAUCUUCGGCGAAGAAAAAGGACAUUGCUCCUGGGAUAAAGUUCGCCAUAUCACUAUGAUAAGUUAUGAAUAACGUUGGUGUUAGACUAGAGCUUUGUGGACCACCUCUGUUGAUUUUGAUCCAUCUCGAUCUCUUACCUUGUAUCUCGAUGGUUGCUUGACGGUAAUUUAAGGGGACCCCCCGUUUCCGGCGUUUCUAAGAAACGGCCGAACAAAAAUUCCUGAAACUUGCAGGGUAGAGAGACCUCGAGUAGUAGAGAAAAAGUUGUCGUAGAUUCAAAUUUGCCAGACGUCAUCUUCAUGGACUUCCAGAGACCCCAAGGUCAAACACGUGCAAAAAGUUCCCGCCACCCCCCCCCCCCACCCC